GUAACGUGACCCGGUGCCGACCGGCCCUCCGCCCCAACCGCCGCCGGGCGGCCCUGCUCCGCGAUCCUCCCCGGUCCCCGCCUAUAAAAUCUUCCUCCCACGGCCGCUUCCGCCGGGGAGCUUUCCACUUCACGUCCGGCCCUACCUGCAGCAGCCGGCCCGGUUCGUCGCGCGCCACGCGAGACCGAUCAAAAGGCCGGCUCGAUCACACUGAUCACAAGCAUCAAACUUUUCCGGGCCAAGACGGAUAGAUACGGAGCGGGUGCUAAAGCGAAGCGAGAGCGCUCUCCACUGGUGGAGUGGUGGUGACCGCCUAUCGUGGUGGCUGGAGCAGCAUCACCUGUACCGCCGGCGCGUGAUUGCACCACGAGCCGUGUUGGCGGAGACGGAAGGUGAAGAGGGAGAGGAGGGUGGUGGACUGGUGGAUGUCCGGAGAUCGAGCGGCGGCGUCCAUGGGCGUGCACGGGCGGUCGAUGGGCUGGUACCUGGGCCCGCCGGAGUCGCCGGCGCCCGGGAGCGCCGUCGCGGGGGCGCAGCACGCGCUGAGCAGCAGCCCGGGGAGCGGCGACGCCAGCUUCGACACCAACAUGGUCAUCAUCCUCGCCGCGCUGCUCUUCGCGCUCCUCUUCGCGCUCGGGCUCAACCAGCUGGCGCGGUGCCUCAUCCGCUGGGCGCGCCGCGCGUCGGAGGCGGAGGCCGGCGCCGGGGCCGGCGGCAGGGGGAGAGGGCUCAAGAGGCGCGCGCUCCGGAGCAUCCCCGUGGAGGUGUACGGCGCGUGCGGCGCCGACGGGGCCGCGGCCGUCGCCGCCGACGUCUGCGCCAUCUGCCUCGGCGAGUUCGCGGACGGCGAGAAGGUGCGCGUCCUGCCGCGCUGCGCCCACGGCUUCCACGUCCGCUGCGUCGACACCUGGCUCCUCUCGCACGACUCCUGCCCCACGUGCCGCGGCACCGUGCUCGAAGCCGCCGAACCCGGCAAAGCCAAGGCCGCGUCCUCCGCCGCCGGGGGGAGCCGGCGGCAGGGCAGCGAGGCUGCUGCUAUCGCGGUGGUCAUCGGAUGACAUGGACAGGAGGGGCCCGCCUGCCGAUUGUUAGCGGGGCCACAGGCUUUUGGGGAGGUGAUCCGACGGAUGGGAACUGUUGGGGACCCGUGGGCCGAGGCGUUGGUGCGGGGACUGGUGGAGGCUCUCGUGGGCCGUGUUAUGUUUCGGCCUCUGCUUCAGAUUUGUAUCUAUCUCAUAAACUUCUUUUAGGGGAAAAGAGGGUUCAAGCCCAUGGGUCGGCCCAAUUACUAAAUUCGCCUAUGGAGAUCCAGCAGGGAUCGAUCGCCCAGCAGAGAACUGAAAAGUGCUGCAGAGUCAUGCACGGGCUAGUUUCGGCCCAUUGAGUUUCAGUGAAGUUGGAAUGCAAACUCGAUCCAUGGUCAUCCCAGUCCCGCUCGAGCCAAAACCUUUCAGCGGUUGGCUAUUUCUCUCACGGUUGGUUGCAGCUUGAGGUGCGCCGUUAUUCGCGAGAUUCGUCGGUCUCGGUCAUCAGUCGCUCAGUCAAUCGUCCAGUUUCUCGGUUCUCCUGCGAAGAAGGGAAGACGGCUACCGUCUCAUGCUACCGCUACACCGGUCUUCCGCUGAGACCAAACGGCCAAUCUCAUGUAAUUAUAUAGACCAUUCUUACAACUGAGGUGUUUGGUUUCAGGGUGUUUAUCAUAAACCUCACCAAUAAAUCUCUAAUAAGCUUUUUUUA